GGUGUGCUGGUUACCACCGUAGUGGCCGGUGGCAUCGCCAUCUUGCGCCCCUUCACGGCCGCCUCCAGGCCCUUUCUCAGAGACGUUGUUUUCUACAUGGUGGCCGUGUUCCUGGCCUUCACCGCACUCUACUUCGGCAGAGUCACACUGGCGUGGGCCCUGGCUUACCUAGGCUUGUACGUGUUCUAUGUGGUCGCCGUGGUUCUCUGCACCUGGAUCUACCGAUGGCAGCGGAGGGCAUCCCUGGUCUACUCCAUGCCAGGCACUCCAGAAAUGCUCUCAGAUUCUGAAGAGGAUCCCGUGUCUUCCAAAAGCUAUGACUACAGCAAAGAGUACCGGCCGCUGCUCUUCUACCAGGAGACCACAGUUCAGAUCCUGGCCCGGGCCCUCAACCCCCUGGAUUACAGGAAGUGGAGGAGCAAGUCAGUGUACUGGAGGGCCCUCAAGGUGUUCAAGCUGCCCGUGGAGUUCCUGAUGCUGCUCACCAUCCCCGUCGUGGACCCUGACAAGGAGGACCGGAACUGGAAACGGCCCCUCAACUGUCUGCACCUGGUCAUCAGCCCGCUGGUCUUGGUCCUGACCCUGCAGUCGGGGGCCUGUGAGUGUCCCCUCCCCUCCCCCCGACAUUCCAGAGUUUUCUUCUCAACCGCACCACGGGGGCCCUGGCGGCAGAAUCCCGGGCAUCCAGCAGACACUUAAUAUACGCUUGUGCCGUAAAGGGACACCAGCGUCCCACACUCAGCUGGUGCAUACUGCCAGCCGCAGAUGGUGGCUGCAGAUGGUGGCCCUCGGCCCACCAGUCCAGCCCUCUGCUCGUUUGCCUGCGUUAAAACAUUUGGAGAUUUCACAUGAGAAUCCAGGUCUGGCGCUCCGGAAGGCAGAACUGGCUGGCGCUGAGAAGGGCGUCCCCCCGUCGGUCCGCAGCAGGACAGUCCCCUCCCUUGCCUCUUGGGGGACCCGGCUGGGGAAUUGGCGUUUUCUCUGUCCACUCCAGGCUGUCCUUGCCCUUUCUGACCUGCUCUGGCUCCAGAAAUGCUCAGGCAUUUCUUCCUGUUGGUCCGCCUUUAGUAUCUUAUGCUGCCCGUGCUUCUCUGUCCCCUGGGCAUCACCGGGAGGCGGAGGAGGUAGGGCGCUGGGGGCAAAUGCAUGGCUGGGCGUGGCGUUUUUUUGCUCUAACAGGGUCAGCAAAUUCCCUGUGGGUCCCCUCCCGGAUUUAUGGGGUGGGGGGGGGGACACUGUGCAAGAGCCCACCAGGGCUCAGUGUGACCCCAGAGCUGAGAAGGGCAACCUUUAGGGGUAUCAGCUGUCUGGUUCGUCAGUCUUCUGUUCCCUGUUGAGCCUCCCGGGCCAGGGCACUGCCAGGGACUCGCUUUCUUCUCUGGGGCUUCUUAAAAGAGUGGACCCCAAGCAUCAGUCGUUCACGAGCCAGCUUCUUGAUUUUUCUCCCAUCGUAUACUAUGCCAUUUGACCUUUUUCUUGAAUCAGCUGUUUUUAUUUUUUAUUUAUUUUUUUUAUAAAGAUUUUAUUUAUUUAUU